AACACACGUGUCACCCAUAAAACGAAUAGGCAGGUGAUAGGUGCAGAAAAUGAUCUGUCAAAAAACACAGAAAACACUCCAAGGCCAAUACUAUGUCAAAUGUGGCUCACUUAUUAAAUGAAAGGAUGAACGUGGCACAUAAGAAGAUAAGGUUAUUUUUCAGGGCAGGGAUUGGGGCGGGAGAUUUGGGGAUGUGGGUGUGGGGAAUUGGGUGGAGGAAUGGAGGUGUGGAGGAGGAGGAAGAGGGAGUGCAUGGAAAGACAUGGAGGAGUUUAUGUAUAAAUGCAGUGAUCAUUCACAUCUAGUCUGGUCGUAGGAAGGUUUGAGUUAGCCACGAUGAUUGGCCUGAUUGUUGUCACACUUCUGGGCGCUGCAGCUGCAGCACCUACAGAUGACAGGAUUGUGGGUGGCUACCGGUGUCCAGCCCACUCUCAACCCUGGCAGGUGUCUCUCAAUGUCGGCUACCACUUCUGCGGCGGCUCCCUCAUCAACGAACAGUGGAUCGUCUCUGCUGCCCACUGCUGGCAAAACCCCUUUGCACAGAUUGCCGUCUUGGGAGACAACCACAUCUGGCAGAACGAAGGCACGGAGCAGUACAUGUCAGUUGAUGCCAUCUACUGGCAUCAGAGUUACGACUACAAGACCCUAGACUACGACAUCAUGCUGAUGAAGCUGGCGCACCCUGUCACUGUGAACCAGUACGUCAAGCCUGUAGCCCUGCCCAAAGCCUGCCCCACACCCGGGGACAUGUGCACGGUGUCUGGAUGGGGGAACAUCUACACUGAUCAAGUGUUCAACCCGUUUUACCUUCAGUGUGUGGAAGUCCCCAUUCUGUCUAACAAGGACUGUGAUGGUUCCUACCCCGGCAUGAUCACUGACCGCAUGGUGUGUGCUGGAUACCUGGAGGGAGGAAAGGAUUCUUGUCAGGGUGACUCUGGUGGUCCUCUGGUGUGUAACGGGGAGCUGCAGGGUAUUGUCUCAUGGGGCCAGGGCUGUGCUCAACCCAACUACCCGGGCGUUUACACCAAAGUGUGCUCACUGAUGCCCUGGAUCAACGAUAUUCUCUCCACAUACACAUCUAGUCUGGUCGUAGGAAGGUUUGAGUUAGCCACGAUGAUUGGCCUGAUUGUUGUCACACUUCUGGGCGCUGCAGCUGCAGCACCUACAGAUGACAGGAUUGUGGGUGGCUACCAGUGUCCAGCCCACUCUCAACCCUGGCAGGUGUCUCUCAAUGUCGGCUACCACUUCUGCGGCGGCUCCCUCAUCAACGAACAGUGGAUCGUCUCUGCUGCCCACUGCUGGCAAAACCCCUUUGCACAGAUUGCUGUCUUGGGAGACAACCACAUCUGGCAGAACGAAGGCACGGAGCAGUACAUGUCAGUUGAUGCCAUCUACUGGCAUCAGAGUUACGACUACAAGACCCUAGACUACGACAUCAUGCUGAUGAAGCUGGCGCACCCUGUCACUGUGAACCAGUACGUCAAGCCUGUAGCCCUGCCCAAAGCCUGCCCCACACCCGGGGACAUGUGCACGGUGUCUGGAUGGGGGAACAUCUACACUGAUCAAGUGUUCAACCCGUUUUACCUUCAGUGUGUGGAAGUCCCCAUUCUGUCUAACAAGGACUGUGAUGGUUCCUACCCCGGCAUGAUCACUGACCGCAUGGUGUGUGCUGGAUACCUGGAGGGAGGAAAGGAUUCUUGUCAGGGUGACUCUGGUGGUCCUCUGGUGUGUAACGGGGAGCUGCAGGGUAUUGUCUCAUGGGGCCAGGGCUGUGCUCAACCCAACUACCCGGGCGUUUACACCAAAGUGUGCUCACUGAUGCCCUGGAUCAACGAUAUUCUCUCCACAUACUCCUAG